ACAGACCAAAGCUGCCUCCAGCCAGCUGCCUGGCUUCCCUAUGGUAGGCUCCUGCUGAGGACACAGAAGGGAGCCCUGCCCUCCACACAGCCUCAAACAACCCCACUACGGAAGUGAGCACAAGGAGACCAUUUGCUGCCUAAAAAUACACAGCAGGGCUGAAGCGCAGGGCCUGUGGCCCGCUUUUAUGAUUUUGCUAGCACUGCAGGGGAUUAAGGAGGGCUAUAUUUUAAUAACCAAAAGAAUAAUAAACAACCACCUCAGUGGGUUGAGGCUGCGGGUGGAGAGGCAGUGCUAUAGCAGAGCCCUGAGCUGUCAGCCCCAGGUCCUGAUAAGGUCUGCAAUAUGAAUUAGAAUUAGAUCAUUUCCUCCCUCAGUGCAGCCAAAGCUGAGAGACUAUUCAGACUCCACUAGCUGCUUAGACAAGUGUGAAGCCCACCUAAACUAACACAGAGACAAAGGGUUGCAAAUGAGGUGUCCUAUCCAUGCCAGAAAGCUGUAGAGCCCUGUUCUGGGGUUCUCCACACUGGUGCACUCACAUGGAAUAGACAAGGAGGAAAGUAUGGUGGUCAGUGACCCGAGGAUAAGGAGGGAGUGGCUGGAGUUAAGCUGCCUGGCCCUGGUCAGCUGGUGUGGAGUGAGGAGUGUCAUGUCAGAGAAAUAUUCUGCCCUGACCCCUCCCACUGCCCUAGGAGAGUCUCCAUCCUAGCCAAACCCCUGGGGGCACUGCUGACAAUUCCUAGCAGUCACAAUUGACCCAGCCCCCUCCACAGAAGAGGGGUCACAAAUAAGGUCCAGUGGCUAGAGGGGAAGGACAGGAGUGGAAGGAGAGAGCAGCACACUCUGACCCUCAACUGAUCUCCUGCUGCCAGGAGGGAGGAGUAGGAAACAAAGCGGCCAGACAGGAUGUCAGGCCAUGGGAAGGGCAACGCUCCCCUCCCCAAGUUAAUGUUGCUCUGCCAAGAAAACCCAGAGUCACCCUUGGCAUGCCCCAGGCCCAGCCCUGGGAGGAGCCAAGACCUUUAUAGGCAUGGGGCUGUUCCCCGUUAACACACCCUCUGCUUCCUUCCCCCCAUUCCUGCAGGCUCUGCUAAUGAGGGCCUGUCACCAGGCCCCAGGGCUGAGUCACCCACACCAGCAACAGGUCGACAGGUCUCUCUUCCUUCCCCAGCAGCUGUUUCCCGGGCCUGCCUUUCAAUUAACGCCCACCUCCCUUGGCUCCUCCCAGACACGUUGGGGGCUGGGGAGCCAAGUGUGCAAGCUGGGGCCAGGGUGGUGGAACUGUGAUGAGAAAGGAAGCAGUAUGGUGACACAUAAUGCAGGGCUGCCCCCAGACCAGUCCCCAGAAGAAUCUUAAGCUUCCCAUUGCCCUGGGGUGUUGGUCACAACUGCCCCAAUCCCUGCCUGCGGAUGCUGCAAUUACCUAAGAGCAUGAAACCGGCUUCCCACCUGACUGAGUCAGCUGAAAACAAAACAUCUCCACUGCCACACACUGGCACAAACAGCCAAGCCACUAAUCAGAGUCCCGCAGCCGCUGGUGAGAGGGCAAACGCUGCACUGGCCUAGAGAAGGGCGCAAAAGCCCUCAGGAGUCGAUGAAAGGAUGAGUUGAGGCCCAUCUGCCUCCUGUGGAAGGAGCACACAGCUGCCCUCGCCCAGCUGAGAAGAUUCAUCUCUGCCACCGCCACCGGAGCUGCCCUCACUCUGGUUCCCAGGGACUAAAUGGUCACUAGCUGCUCUUGAACACCUGUUUGCUGGCUUCUGAGGUGCCAGACUAUCUACUGGUCCCCCAGAGCCCAUGGAGACCUGGAGAAAAGGUUCCUUCCGCAAUGCCUCCUUCUUCAAGCGGCUGACUCUGGGACGGCCGAGGCGACUCCGGCGACAGGGCAGUGUGCUUAGCCAGGCCAGCACUGCUGGUGGUGACCAUGAGGAGUACAGCAACAGAGAGGUUAUCCGGGAACUUCAAGGGAGGCCAGAUGGACGGCGUCUGCCCCUGUGGGGGGAUGAGCAGCCCCGGGCCACUCUGCUGGCACCACCCAAGCCCCCGCGCCUCUACCGAGAGAGCUCCAGCUGUCCGAACAUCCUGGAGCCCCCAGCUACCUACACUGCUGCCUACUCGGCCACCCUGCCCUCAGCGCUAUCCCUGGCCAGCACCUUCCACCAGUCCUCAGAGGAGGACCUUUCAGACACUGCCACCUUCCAGAAGACACCAGCUCUGGACCUCUGUGAUCCCUUCUUCUCCUUCAAAGUGGAUUUGGGAAUUUCACUUCUUGAAGAAGUCCUACAGAUGCUGAGGGAGCAAUUUCCUAGUGAGCCUAGCUUUUGAGUGGGGUGAGGGUAGACAGAGAUGGGGUGACUGGAGGAGGCAGAGCCUGGCAACCCAGAGAAGGACAGUACAGUUGUGAAUUAAAGAAAAGGAAACUGGGGCUCUGCCUGCCCUCUGGGUUCUCAACAUACCUUCAAGUCCCCCCAGAGUGGAGGGACAAAGACCAGCUGGGAUUGUUGGAGGGUCACUUUCUAGCAAGAGCCCUAGAGGAAGCUGGUGAGGACAGGAAAGAGAGGCCACACCCUGCAACCACAGGAACCAGGCAGAGGACAGACAAGUGACAGGGUGGCAAAGGGGUGAGUUAGGGUAUGGGAGGAUACAGACUGGGCAGAACACACAGUAUCCUGAACCAGCCUCCUCUGAAGCCACCAUCAACAAAGAGGUCACAGGACAUGUUUAGUCAAAAAUGAUCCAACCCAGACUAAAAAGGAAACUGGGGAGACCUGAGAGAAAAAGGGAGAUAGGUUUGCCUUUGUCCAAUAUGGUCGAAACUCACUACAUGUAGCUAUUUAAAAUUAAAUCAACUGAAAUAAAAUAAAAUUGCAAAUUAAAUUUGCAUUAAUCACAUUUCAAAUGUUCAACAACCACUUUGAUUAGUGACUACCAUACUGGACAGCACAGCAUGAAUCCUAACAUCACUUGACCAAGGUUCACUGGACUUGCUUGCUGAAUGGUAGCCUAGAACCCUCAGUGGCAUGAGUGGGGGAAGGGAGAUGCAUCCAGGGGCUUCAAUGGCAAGAAGGGGCUACAGAGCAGGAAAGGUAGGUACAGAUACUGAGCAAAAUAUGAGAAAAAGGCCAAACAAAUCAUUAGCAGAUAAAAGAACAUGAGAGAUUCAGCCUGCCAAAACAGCUGCCUAGAGCAAUCCCUGCUGCCCAGAGAAGUACUCCAAGAGAUGCCAGCCAAAGGCAGAGGUGCAGCUUGCAAAGAGGUGCUGUGGGAACUUUCAGGACAAUCAGUGAUGGGAAACUUUGGGAAAUGCUACAAAAAUAGUGGCGGAUCUCCUUUCU